CGCUUUGUGCAGUUGACGAGCCUCUCCGCCGCCAGGACAGCACCGCACUGAGGGCUUCUUGCACGACCCCUCCCCAUGCUGACCGCCAGGGGGCCUGCUGAGGGGGGGGGGGGGUCUAGAGCCGGACACGGGCCUCGUUAUGUCGCCGGCUCUUCGGGUUGAGGAGGAAAUAGUGGCUGCAGAGAAACAUCUGGGGCCCGGACCCAGGAGGCGCUGCAGCGACCCGGGAGGAUCCUCACGAGCUGCAGAGUGAACACGAUAGAUUUAGAUCAUGACCGUACCGCCCGCCUACGCUGACCUGGGGAAGUCUGCCAAGGAUGUUUUUACCAAGGGUUACGGCUUCGGGGUCAUCAAGCUGGACUUGAAGACCAAGUCGGCGAACGGCCUGGAGUUCACCAGCACCGGCUCCGCCAACACCGAGACCAGCAAGGUGGUCGGAUCCCUGGAGACCAAGUACAAGUGGGCGGAGCACGGCCUGACCCUCACGGAGAAGUGGAACACCGACAACACGCUGGGGACCGAGAUCACCGUGGAGGACCAGUUGGCCAAGGGGCUGAAGCUGACGUUUGAUUCCACCUUCUCACCGAACACCGGCAAGAAGAGCGGCAAGGUGAAGACGGGCUACAAGUACGACCACGUGAACCUCGGCUGCGACGUCAACUACGACAUCAACGGCACCGCCGUGCACGGCGCCGCCGUGGUGGGCUACGAGGGCUGGCUGGCCGGCUACCAGAUGACCUUCGAGGCCGGCAGGAACCGCAUCACCCAGAGCAACUUCGCGGUGGGAUUCAAGACGGACGAGUUUCAGCUGCACACGAAUGUAAACGACGGCACCGAGUUCGGCGGCUCCAUCUACCAGAAGGUGAACGAGCAGCUGGAGACGGCCGUGAACCUGGCCUGGACCGCCGGCAACAGCAACACCCGCUUCGGCAUCGCCGCCAAGUACCAGAUCGACCCCGAGGCGUCCUUCUCCGCCAAGGUGAACAACUCCAGCCUCGUGGGCCUCGGAUACACUCAGACCCUGAAGCCAGGCAUCAAGCUGACGCUCUCCGCUCUCCUCGACGGCAAGAACAUCAACGCCGGCGGCCACAAGCUCGGCCUCGGCCUCGAGUUCCAGGCGUAAGACGGCGAGGCCGACGCCCCCUUCCAGUCCUCCACUCACUCCCCCACCUACAAGUUCAAAAUCCUUAAUUGAUUAGCUAGUCCCCACGACCCCCCCCCCCCCCCCCCAUGACAUGCUACAGCUGGAGCCAAGACAGAGUGCAGGUCACCACUUUUUCAAAAGGACCACUUUAAGGGAACAAUAAUAAUAUUUUUUGAGUUCUGAACAAAAACCACAGCAGAAAGGUUUUUAUCUUCAAUAAUGUCGCUUUGCGAGGCGAAAGGAGAAGGGAAAGUAUCAUGUCGGCCUCACUGUUUGUCUUCUCACUACAAUCCUACACAACGCUUUCAUUUAAAGUGUCGAAGGGAAAAGGGCAGUCGGCGUGCAGUUGCGCCGUCCCGCCACCAGGUGGUGCUGUUGCAAAGCGCCGUUAAAGCACUCCUCGCUCCUCACUCCUAUAUAUUAUGCAGUGGGAAGGCCCCCCCUCCCCCCCCCCCGGUGUCAGCAGCUGUCUUUAGCUCAAGGAGACGAGACAUCCCGUGUUUUAAUCGUCUCAUUUUGUUUUUUUGUCGUUUAUUUGUGUCUGUUGUGCAUUUGGUGUGAAAAGAAAAAUGUCUUUUUGUUGCAUAUAGUUUAAAAAAAAUAGAUUAUUUUAUUGACUGUCUUUGCAUAGUUUAUUCAACCUGUGAAGUCUUACGAGGGCGAGGAGCUGUCGCCUCUUCCUGGUGGUGCACACAGUUACAGUCUCACUCCUCCUCCUCCGGGGGGGGGGGGGGGGGGGGUUACUUCACUCCUUUAAGGAGGAGCAACACGAUGAAUAUGGGGAGACGGUCGUCUUCCACAGCUGGUGACCACGGUAUUCAUUCCCUGAAUUAAAUAAAGAACAUCUUGAACCAG